UGAUUCGGACACCUCGACAGCACUAAAUAAGACCGUGCCAAAGAAAAAGAACCCAAAUGCAACGAAGGAGGUACAUGGUAGAACAACUGCAUAGUAGUCUAUAUGCUAUUGAUAGGGUUGCCUCAAACCCAGGCGGCACAAACGCAGCAUUUGAGAAUUAUUGGCGAAAGCUCGACAAGGACAAGAAAAAGAAGUAUCAAGAUAAACUUGCGCUCGUGCGAACAGCAAGAGCUUGCUUGCGCUGUCGCAUCGCCUAGUACUAUCACUGGCGCUGGGCAGCAAGGUAGGAAGGGCAGCGGACUGGAUGAUAUCGGCGCCACUCUAGAUCGUGCCCAGGCUGUUCUCUUCCGCAUGGCUAUCGUCGUUACCACUAUCAUCAUCAUUUUCGCAUUAUUGUCUUUGUAUGGAUAUGAUUAUGCUUCUCGUUUCUGCAUUACUAUUGUUCCUACAUCGCUGUCAUGUCCAUGUCUGCAUAUCAUCGUACCUGUGUAUGUAAUACAAGCACGUCUUAUAUUUUGUGACAUUCAUAUGUAAACCACGUCGUCCUAUUUGAGGUAAAAUCAUAAAUGGAUGUCCACGCUCAGCCAGGUAUCCUAAGCGGGCUGGAUCAAUCUGGCUGAGGCUGUCGUGG